AGAAAACCUCCUCCCCUGGCAAAGAAAGCUCCAUUUCUUCGCGAUCGCAUUCUCUUUUCUCGUUCCUCAUCUUCUCUCGUCGAUUAGGGUUUUUGGAUUCGUACUACUCUGCGGUAAUCAUUGUUUUCUUUGUUUCCGAUUCCUUGGUCCUUGCUGUUUGUGUGUUGUUUCGACGUCGUGGAUGAGAGAGCGGACGCGCGAUUCCGUACGGCGGCCAUCGUCGCCUUCGCGGCCGAGGGACCGCGAUUGGGAUCGGAUUGAUCAGUGUGAUGCCUCAAGCAGGUGCGAUCGAUCUCCGAUUCGGUCGGGCUGGGAUUCGCGCCGGCUCAAUGUCCGUCGGACCGAGUGGGAAGCGGAUGUCGGAGGAAUCCGACGCGAUUGCAGCGAUUCGGACCCGUACGAGGCGGAACGGCGAAGGCAAGAUAGAUUUUCCAAGAGGGAACGAGAAGGAGAGGGGAAGGAUGAUCGUUGGAAGAAAAUAUCUCGCUUCCGGAGGGGUGAGUUUGCCGAAGAAGUUUAUCCAGACAGAUGCGAAUCUGUAAAAGCGGAAGAGAAGUUACGCCACGGUUUCAAAGGUGCAAUGCGAUCGGAGGAAGAACUUUAUCGGAUCCCCGAAGCGGAACGGUCGAGAGAAAUCGACAAUUUUGUCAGACCGACACUGAAACAGUGUUGGAGAGAUGAUCUUCAGCCUUCCAGAUCAAUCAGUUCACAUGGGUACAGUGGUUCAGUCUCUCCUUUGAGGAAUGCCAUCCGGAACGAUGAAGUAGACUGGUUGGGGCCAUCUGAUUCUCGUCACUACAGCGAUAUGGAGCGUCUUCAGAUGCAAUCUAACCAGGCCGGAAAGCAUGAUGAGAGGGCCGAAUCUGUGUUUGUCGGCAUGAAAGUUGAGAGCAGUGACAGGAACCGCAGGAUAGACAGCAGAGACUUGGGUUGUGAAGGACGAAGCAGAGACUUGGGAUGUGAAGGACGAAGCAGAGACUUGGGUGUUAAUGCUUCCCGAGUUCUGCAUAAUAGAGAUCUUGAUCGGUAUAUCAAUAGAAACUCAUCAAGAGGAUUCCAGGAAGAUGAAGCAAAGUCUUUCCAUAAUUGUAACUAUCUGCAAGGUCGCAACGUUUGCUGCUGUGUUUCAUCAACUGAAGGCAAGUGGAGAAAAGAUAUGAAGGGUGCAUCCCGAGAAAGCUAUUGUAGAGAUUUUUGUGGAGAUGGAUAUAGGAUGCAUAUGGGUCAAGACCCAGUUCAUUAUACGCAUAUGCGAGGGUCUUUGUUGAAACCCAGAGUCAUGGAUUCAAUAACAAAUGAAGUAGAUAGAGCUGGCACUAGUGUUGGCUUUUGCACAGGAGAGAGGAUAUCUGGCCUGUAUGAUUCCAUAAAGGAAGAAUGUGUUGUCGAACGAGAAUCAAGCAUUCUGGUUGAUCAAUUUGAUGGGGCUCGUAAUUACAGAAAGGCGCAUCAUGAAGAAAGGAAGGAUGCUUAUUUGGAUAACAAAACCCAGCAUCUGAGAAAGGAUUAUCAGUUUGAUGCCUGUGCUACAAUGUAUCAUGAUGUCAAUGAAUCAGAUUUUACGAGAGAACGAGACGAGAGAUCUCUGCAGUUUCGAAGUGUAUAUCGUAACAAAGGAAAGGAAACGUAUCCAGAUAAUGAAAGCCAGAAAGUACAAAACGAUUACGACUUUGUCUCUUAUGAAAGGAUGUACCCUGAUGUCAAUAGAUCAGAUGUCAUGAUAGAUCGAGAUGAGAGAGCUCUGCAGGCUAGAAGAAUAUACCCUAAGAUUGAUAACGAAAGCCAUCAUGUACAAAAGGAUUAUGAAUAUGACUCUUAUGCAAAGAUGUACUCUAACGCCAAUGGAUCAAAUUCUAUGGCUGAUCAAGAUGAGAGAGCUCUGCAGUCAAGAAAAAGGUGGUUUAACGAGGAACAUGAUGCAUAUCUAGACAAUGGAAGUCGAGAAGUACAAAAAGAUUAUGAAUAUGAAUCUUAUGGUAGGGUGUACCAUGAUGUCAGCCAGCCAUCAUCUUUGAUGGCAAAUCGAGACGAAGAAAUUCCUCAAUAUAGGAGAUAUCAUCUUGAUGGAGGAAGAGGAACGCUAAUCUACUUAGAUGAUGAAAGUGCACACCUUGGAAAAGCUGAUCAGGUUAACCUUCAUACAAGCGACAGAUACAGUCUCAAAUCUCACAUGACGGGCGAGACAGUAUAUGAGAACAUUUCCGAGGUCAACUAUGGAGAUGUAGAGCAAACGUUGACUAAUGAGAAGCCAGGUUCCGAAAGGUUUGUGGAUCAUGAUAUUGCUUAUGAUCACAACGAGAAUCAAUAUUCGAUGGGAAUAACAGGAACAAACCGAAUCCAUUACCUAGAUGAUGAAAGAAGAUCUGGUCAUGACGAUGAAAAUCAUGUAUCGACUUCUUGCCCGCGAAUACCAGUCAAACAACGCCUAGGUGGGCGUGUCAAAGAUCCGAGCUUUCAUGUGAAGAAUCGACGGGGGCCUGGUAAAAAAGGAUUACCUUGGGUUAGAAACUAUACACCAAAUAGGAAGUUUCACGGGAAGAACUAAAGUGUCAAAGCUCAGCUGCUUUCAGAGUGGGGUGAUUCCUCGAAAGUGUGAAGGAAAGAACAAGCUCUAUUAUGCUUGCUUUAGGUAAAAUUAAGGAUAUGGCAUCUGUUAUGAUCUUCGUUUAACAGAAGCAUUUUGCCAAGAAGCCACAAAGAUGCGUUCUUGUUGGAUCUUUCACCUUUCACUAUGGCGAAGGAUUGUGCCUCUUUGGUCAGGUAUGGUUUUCUAUUUUUCACUUUCCUGCUUUUUGCUUUUGGCUUAGUGAUGCAAAGUUGAGGCCUUUUUCUGUUUAAUGUCUGGUUGGGUUAUCAGCAAAUUAAAGGAAAGGAUUUCAUAUUUUGGUUUAAGGAUUCAUGCGACAGAGGUCACCUUGUCAUAUGGGCAGUGGCAAAGAUGUGCAUCGACCUCGUAUCUAUGGAUCUAGGACCUGAAUUUAACAAGUUUAAUUUCGUAAUUUUUAAGAAAUACCAGGUGUGUUUUUGUAUUUACCGAAAAGAUGGUAGUCAAUUUCGUAAUUUUA